AGGGAGUAUUACGCAUCAAGUUGGGGGUGCGCGGAGAAGCGGCUCAUUCAGAAUAGGAAGUCCUAGCCUAUGUUAGUUAGCUGCUGAAGGAUUUUGCCACUUUCAUGUUAGAUCUAAUCUGGAUUCAUGGCAUCGCCUGGUUUUGUACGCGAAACAUCAGUAGUAGUUGUCACACUGGAAUCUAGUGAGGUUUAUAUCAUUGUUAGUUUGUAUUCGAAGACUGACACACAGGUUAUCUAUGUUGAUCCCACAACUGGAGCUUUGCGAUUUAAUGCUAAGUUUGGAUAUGAUACAUUUCAUUCUCAAGAGGAAGCUUUGAACUUCAUUACAAAUGGUUCCAAGUGGCGGUGCAAGAGUCUAACUUAUGCCAGGGCAAUAUUGGGGUAUGCAGUGCUUGGGAGCUUUGGUUUGUUACUUGUUGCAACAAAAGUUUCAGCCAGCAUUCCCAAUUUGCCUGGUGGAGGGUGUAUAUAUACUGUGAUGGAGAGUCAAUGGAUCAAAGUUACACUCCAAAACCCUCAGCCAGUAGGGAAAGGAGAACUCAAGAAUGUUCAAGAGUUGACUGACCUUGACAUUGAUGGAAAACACUACUUUUGUGAAACUAGGGAUAUCACUCGGCCUUUUCCUAGCCAUGUGACAUUGCAGACACCAGAUGAUGAAUUUGUUUGGAAUAAAUGGUUUUCAAUUCCUUUCAAAAACAUUGGGCUCCCUCAUCACUGUGUCAUUCUUCUGCAGGGGUUUGCAGAUUGUCGGGGUUUUGGAAGCUUAGGCCAACAAGAAGGGGUUGUUGCCCUCAUUGCUCGUCGUAGUAGGCUGCAUCCUGGCACUCGGUAUAUAGCACGGGGUUUGAAUUCUUGCUAUAGUACAGGCAAUGAAGUUGAGUGUGAGCAGCUCGUAUGGAUUCCCAGAAAGGUUAGCCAAAGUGUUCCUUUUAAUAGUUAUGUUUGGAGAAGAGGAACUAUACCUAUUUGGUGGGGGGCAGAGUUGAAGAUGACUGCUGCAGAGGCAGAAAUAUAUGUUUCUGAUCAUGACCCUUACAACGGAAGUGCUCAGUACUAUCAGAGGUUAUCCAAAAGAUAUGAUGCUCGAAACAUAGAGGAAUCUGUGAAUCAGAAAAAAGUUGCUUUGGUUCCAAUUGUGUGUGUUAACUUGCUCCGAUAUGGAGAAGGAAAGGCAGAGUCUAUUUUAGUUCAGCAUUUUGAAGAAUCCAUGAACUAUAUCAGAUCUACAGGUAAACUUCCUCAAACUAGAGUGCACUUGAUAAAUCUUGAUUGGCAUGCCAGCGUAAAAGCAAAAGGAGAGCAGCAAACAAUUGAAAUACUUUGGUGCCUCUUAAAAGCACCUACAAUUUCCAUAGGCAUUACUGAAGGAGAUUAUCUACCUUCCCGCCAACGAAUUAAAGAUUGUAAGGGAGAAAUCAUAUGCAUUAAUGACUUUGAUGGAGUUUUUUGUUUAAGAUCACAUCAAAAUGGAGUGAUACGUUUCAAUUGUGCGGAUUCACUGGAUAGAACAAAUGCUGCUAGUUUCUUUGGUGCACUCCAGGUUUUUGUAGAACAAUGCAGACGAAUUGGCAUAUCACUUGAUAGUGAUAUGGCGUAUGGAUAUCAAUCAUUUAACAACUAUGGUGGAUAUACAGCCCCUUUACCACCUGGCUGGGAAAAAAGAGCAGAUGCUGUCACAGGGAAAUCAUAUUAUAUUGAUCACAACACUAGGACAACUACUUGGAAUCAUCCUUGCCCGGACAAACCAUGGAAAAGAUUUGAUAUGAAAUUUGAAGAGUUUAAAAGAUCAACAAUUUUAGCUCCUGUAUCUCAGUUAUCAGACUUGUUUCUGGUUGCUGGAGAUAUUCACGCAACAUUAUAUACUGGCUCAAAAGCGAUGCAUAGUCAAAUUCUUAGCAUAUUUAAUGAAGAAGCAGGCAAGUUCAAACAGUUUUCUGUAGCACAAAAUAUGAAAAUCACUCUACAGAGAAGAUAUAAAAAUGCACUUGUCGAUAGCUCUCGUCAGAAACAACUAGAGAUAUUUCUUGGCUUGCGGCUUUUCAAACAUUUUCCAUCAACUGUGAUUCAACCCUUACAUGUUCCAUCUCGACCUUUUGGAUGCUUUCUGAAGCCAAUUGCUAACCUUAUUCCAAAUGUUGAUGGUGGCAACAAUAUUCUCAACUUCAAGGCAAAAGGCCUCACAUGGGUAUGCAAAGAGGCUGCAGAUGUGGUUGAGCUCUUCGUUUUUCUCAGUGAGCCUUGUCAUGUUUGUCAGCUUCUUCUUACCAUUGUGCAUGGACCUGAUGAUUCAACCUAUCCAGCGAAUGUUGAUGUGAGGACAGGGCGUUAUCUAGAUGGACUUAAGCUUGUCCUUGAGGGAGCCUCUAUACCUAGGUGUGCAAAUGGAACAAAUAUUUUAAUACCCAUAUCAGGGUCAAUAAGCACCGAUGAUAUGGCUAUCACAGGAGCAGGUUCCCGCCUACAUGCUCAAAGUAGUUCCAACGUACCAUUAUUAUAUGACUUUGAAGAAUUGGAGGGAGAACUGGAUUUUCUUAGCCGUGUUGUUGCAAUUACAUUUUAUCCAACAAUGGAUGGAAAAGGUCCAAUUACCCUUGGUGAGAUUGAGAUACUUGGGGUGCCUCUUCCAUGGAGGUUUAUUUUUAAUGGUGAAGGACCUUGUUUAAAGCUCAAUGAGGACAUCAAUCCUCACCCCCAGGAGAUUAACCCAUUUAUGUCUGGACAUGAGACCAAUCCUUUUGCUGCUAAUUUGUCCAAUGAUAAAGUUUCACCAACUACAUUUGCAGAUUCAUCUGCCAACUUGUGGGAUGACCUUUUGACAGGAGAGAGCAGAAUUGCAGAUUCUCUCACUGAGACAGCAGGUGGAGCUGUUACACAAGAAGGGGGAGAUUUGCUUGACUUCUUGGAUGAUUCUUUAUUCCGACCACAGGAUGGGGGGAAUGGUGACACCAAUGCCAUUUCUUUAGGGGGAGCUUCAGGUGAUUGCACUAGCAAGUAUAUAGAUUGUUUGAAACAGCUUGCCGGUCCCAAUUUGGAACGUAAAAUAAGUUUUAUGGAAGCUAUGAAGCUUGAAAUUGAACGCUUUCGAAAAAAUCUUUCAGCUGCUGAAAGAGAUAGAGCUUUAUUAUCAAUUGGUGUUGAUCCUGCCAGUAUAAAUCCAAAUCUAUUACUUAAUGAUUUUGAGAUUGGAAGAUUGUGUGGGGUAGUAAAUGCUCUUGCACUUAUUGGGCAGGCUUCCUUUGAAGAUAAACUCACUGCAUCUAUUGGUCUUGAUAUUAUGCAUGAACCUGCUAUAGAUUUCUGGAAUGUUACUGAAAUCGGUGAAAGUUGUUUGGGAGGCAAAUGUCAGGUUCGUGCUGAAGCAGGGCAUGCAGCUCUUGCAUCCUCUACAACAUUAUCUGCAUCGACUUCACAGUCAUUAUUUUACAUCUGCUCUGUAUGUGGAAAAAAUGUUUGUAAAGUUUGUUGUGCCGGGAAGGGAGCUCUAAUGGUGGGAUCGUACAACUCAAAGGAGGUUUCUAAUUUAAAUGGUUUAGGUAGCCAAAUAGGAUCUUCCAACCGUUUGACUAAAGUUGAUGGAGUUGUUUGUAAGUUGUGCUGCCAGGAUGUUGUCCUCAACGCAUUGAUGUUGGACUACAUUAGGGUCUUGGUUAGUGAGCGGAAAAGAGCUCGUGUUGAUGAAGCAGCACGCAAAGCUAUAAGCUAUGUGCUUGGAUUUUCACAUGCAAAUUUUCUUGGCGGGAGGCACCCAUCUAGUGAUUCCAAAGUGCAUGACAAGGUUUUGAGGCAGUUGACGAACGGAAAACAGUCUCUUGCAGAGUUUCCUUAUGCCAGCUUUUUAUCCCCAGUCGAAACAGCAGCAGGUUUUGCACCAUUCAUGUCAUUGCUCGCGCCUAUCAAUUCUGGGUCACAUGAUUCAUAUUGGAAAGCUUCCUCUAACACCUCUGCAAUUGAAUCUGCCAUUGUUCUUAGUCAGUUAUCUGAUGUUUCUGCUGUUCUUCUUCUUGUGAGUCCUUGUGGAUACUCCAUGUCAGAUGCUCCAAUUGUGCAAAUUUGGGCGAGCAGUAAAAUUGAAAAGGAAGAAAGGUCUUGUGUUGGAAAAUGGGAUGUCCGAUCCAUGAUGACUUCUGAACUUUGUGGCUCAGAAACCCUAUGUGAAGUACCUAGGCAUGUAAAAUUUUCUUUUCGAAAUCCUGUUAGGUGUCGCAUUAUUUGGAUAACAUUGCGUCUCCAAAGAAUUGCUUCGAGUUCUGUUAAUUUUGAGAGAGAGAUCAAUCUUUUGUCAUUGGAUGAAAAUCCUUUCUCGGAGCUCACUAGACGUGCUUCCUUUGGUGGAGCAGCUGAGAAUGAACCGUGCCUUCAUGCUAAAAGAAUCAUGGUCUUGGGGAGUGCACUCAGUAGAGAUAUAGGCACAUCUAGUGAAGCCACUGACCAGCUAAAUACAAGUUGGCUGGACAGAGGUCCUCAGUUAAACAGAUAUAAGGUUCCCGUGGAGGCUGAAAGGUUAAUGGACAACGAUCUUGUUUUGGAGCAGUUCCUGUCCCCAGCUUCACCUAUGUUGGCCGGAUUUCGUCUGGAUGGUUUCAGUGCCAUAAAAUCUCGGAUUACUCAUUCACCAUCAUCAGUUUUUAGUUCACAGAAUGAUCUUGCGUGUCCUUUUGAUGAUAGAUUCAUAUCUCCGGCAGUCUUAUAUAUUCAAGUGUCAGCUUUCCAGGAACCCCAAAGCAUGGUCAAUGUUGCGGAAUACCGGUUACCAGAAGUGAAGGCUGGGACUCCUAUGUACUUUGAUUUCCCUAGGCAAAUAAGCUCCAGGCGUAUCUCAUUCCGCCUUGUUGGGGAUAUCGCUGCUUUUUCUGAUGACCAAACAGAACAGGAUGACUCGGACUUCAGUGCUCGCCGUGUCGCUGCUGGGUUGUCUCUGGGUAACAAGAUUAAGUUGUAUUACUAUGCUGAUCCAUAUGAAGUUGGAAAGUGGGCUAGUCUCUCAGCUGUGUGACUGAUCUAACACAGCAUGAUGAUACAAUACAUUCCAAACAGCUCUGGCUGUGCCUAUGCCAUUGCCAAAUACACCCGAACAUUUGCUGAUCCUUGCAAAUAGCAUGCCAAAAUAAAGUAGGAAACUAAACAUGAAUGGUUUCUAUAAAUGAGUUUUUUCUUCCUUUUCCCCCCUUUUCUUAAUGGUCGUACAGUAUCCAGGCAUUUGUUAUAGCAUUAUAAUCGAUUCUUUGAUCUGGGAGGCGUGUAUAUAAUAGAAGAUAUGCUCCAAUAUUUUAUAACGAGUGUAUGUUGUAGGCUGGUUGUAUUUUAGUCCUGAGAACUUAGGGGUUUUGAACUCUGAAACUGCUGCUUGUGUUGUGGAUGACCCAUUAAAUUCUUAUCAGCAUACCUUAUGCCGUAGACUCCUGUGCUCACAACGAUCCUUAAGUGACCUGGGUUCCUGCGGCUGUUGUAUCAUAUUUGCUUUUUCUUCCCC